CUAAAGAAUAAGAAUCAAACUAUUAACGAUUUAUAACUCAUGCUGAAUAAUUUUAACGGUUUGGUUCUAAAGAUUUUCGGGUUCCUAACCCGGAAUAGAAAUCACUCUUUCUCUUUUCAUUUGCUAACGUCAUUGUUUGAGUAAAUUACGGAAUUAGCAAACGUCAUUAAGGUGGAAUUUUUUUGCAAAAGAAGUCCUCGUGAGAUUUUAAGCUUCAUGUCCACGUCACUCGGUGACACUUGUCGAAUGGAGGAGGUGACCAGACUUUCAGACACACGGCCCCACCGCCUCCCAUUUCGCGCGCUCCAUCUCACGCCCCAUUCAUUAUUCCUCAACGUGGAGAAAACUAAUCACCCCUGCGUGCUUACCUCUCAUUGGUUCCCAUCUCUCUCUUUCUCUUUCCGUUUCCUUUCCACGUGUCCAUCCCAUUUUCGUACCCAAAAGGAUCACGAAAGAUAUUUCGACGGUCAGAUCUCCACUCAAUCUGCCAGGGCCGGUGCCGGUCACCUGCCCGUGAUAUCACCCCUCUGCCCGCCUGCCCUACCGCCAGGUGUUAUGCUAUCUCUCCUUUGCUUCCCCCAUUUAUGAGCCUCUCUUGUCUACCUUCCUUUUGAAAAUUCUUUCAUCUAUUAUUCCUCGUUUGGAUUGCGGAAUUUAAGAACAAGGUUGAAAAUUUCCUUAUGGCUGCCAUGUGUGGUGGUGAAACAGAGACUAAAUCUCCGGUUACUCCCAGCUCCGUCGGCCCUAGAAGACGCCGAAUGGAGAUUCAUCAGUUCCGUUUCGUGGCGCCGGAUGUCGCCGUGGCUCCGCCUCUGGAGACCGACAGGAAGCGCCACAGGUCUGAUAAGGGUUUUCCGGAUUCUCCGCCGCCGUUGGAGAGCGAGAGCGCAUCGGAGAGCUGUGUCGUGAAUGAGAAAUGUAAGAAGCGGAGGAGUUUGGAAGUAAACGAAAUUUCUCAGAUUUCUAAGCUUCGCGAGGAUGAAAAAUCGGUUGAGAAAAUUAAGGCAAUCAUUAGCAGCAACGAUCCGAUGAAGGAUCCGAACUGGCAUGAAUCGGCGACGUGCACCGGAGUGGAACCGGAUUGCCCGAAGUUCGGUAUGACUUCUAUUUGCGGAAGGAGAAGGGAUAUGGAAGAUAGAGUGGCCGUUCACCCCUACUUCCUCCAGCGAAAUGACGAAAACUCGAAGAGAUUUCACUUUUUCGGUGUGUACGACGGCCACGGUUGCUCCCAUGUGGCGAUGAAAUGUGGGGAUAGAAUGCACGAAAUCCUCCAGGAAGAGUUUCUGCAAGGUGAAAAUGCAUGGGAGGAGGUGAUGCGCCGGGGUUUCCGUAAAAUGGACCAGGAAAUAACCGACUGGUGUACUACAGCGAACUCUGGGGUCGAACGCUCCGGUUGCCGUUGCAAUAUGCAAACUCCUCAAUGCGAUGCAGUCGGAUCCACCGCAGUUGUUGCCGUAGUGACGCCGGAAAAUAUCGUUGUGUCCAAUUGUGGCGAUUCUCGCGCCGUUCUAUGCCGGAGUGGAGCGGCCAUUCCACUCUCCGUUGAUCAUAAGCCGGAUCUACCAGAUGAGUUGAAGAGGAUAGAAGAAGCCGGCGGCCGCGUCAUCUAUUGGGAUGGACCGCGUGUUCUCGGAGUCUUAGCAAUGUCUAGGGCUAUUGGUAUGCUAAAUCCAAAACUACCUUAUUUUUUCCAGCGAAUUCUAGCUAAUAUCAUUCAUUUCAAUCUUCAGGCGACAAUUAUCUGAAACCGUAUGUGAUACCGGAGCCGGAGGUAACCAUCACGGGGAGGACGCCGGAGGACGAAUGUUUGAUCAUAGCAAGCGACGGGCUGUGGGAUGUCGUGUCGAACGAGACAGCCUGUGGCGUGGCCCGCAUGUGCUUGCGGCAAGGAAAGUCCCGGUCGCCGGGGAAGUUGCAGGAGAGGGACUUUGCAGUGACGGCGGCCGCCGCCGGGGAAAUGUCAGACAAAGCUUGCUCAGAUGCGUCAGUCCUACUGACCAAGUUGGCCUUAGCGCGGCAGAGUACCGAUAACAUCAGCGUCGUCGUCGUCGAUUUGAGAAGAGCUGCACAGAAACUAACCUGAUCCAAAUGUACCUUAUUGUUUUCCCUAAUUCAAAGUCUAAAUUGCUCUGUUCAAGGAAGGGUUAACAUGUGUUCUCGUACAUACACGACACGUAGGCCUACCUUGAAGGGUGAGUUUGGUAGUACAGGGCUUACGGCAGGAUCUAUAAUGAGAUCGGGUUGCGGCCCAUUAUCACAACUAUAUUACUAAAAUAGAAAGUGAUAAAAAUGUUGUGUUCUAAUCUCCCAAGGCACUUUCAUUUUUUUAUGUGAAUUGACACCUUUUUAAUUCGUGUAUAACGAUGGGCAUUUUUACGUGUCAGAUCACAUUUGGUCUUCCUUCAGGAAGAUUAUGACAUAAACUCAUAUUUUUCCUUUUAAUCAUGUAAUAAGAAAAAUAAAAAAUCCAUUGUACGAGUAUUAGUUUUCAGCUGAAUUUAGAAUUGUGAAUUGUACCUAAGCAGCUAUAAGACGCAAUAGGCUAGGUUUUGGUAUUAAAAGAAUCACCUAUUGCAUUCUCCAUAUAGUUAUGAAUUAAAAGUAAAAAUGAACGAAUACUUGUGAUCAAUUAACAUCUCAGUUCUGCCAUAAGUACCUCCUUGUUUGGCUAAGUAGGAUUCGACAAGACAAUGAAUUUUAGUCAGUGAUUUGAAAACUUAUUUUUCUGGA